CGUUCACGAUCCAGAUCCACGAGCCCUAAUAAAACGUCCACUGCCUCUUCUCUCUCCUUUCGGUUGCGGAGAACGAUAUCUUCCCGUGUUCUUCACGCCCUCGAAGCAUCUCUCGAAGGAACACAAAUCCAAAUCCCAUCGUCUCUGGAUUUUAACGGGUUGUUUCAUUUGGGUCGUCCCUUAUUUGUUGUCUGAACUCUGAAGAACUUAGUGUUUUGAGGGGUUAUUCAUUCAUAGAUCUGUAGCUGGAGGAGAGUUAAGGGGCAUCGAGCUUGGUAUUUGUAGAGUUGCAUUGGAGAUCCGUUGAACGAGUUUCAGGGACUCCGCAAACAUUUUCAUUUCCGGAAAUCAACUUAUGGGGGAUCGAUAAUAGAACUUUCUUAUUGGUCAAGACCCAGAUCUGGAAUUACGCGUGUAAUCGCAAAUUAAUUGUCAGAUCCAGAAGGAUUUCAUAACAAAAGAUUGAUUGCUCUUGUAUUCAAUGACUUCCAAAAUGAUUUCAAAGAUGAAGUCUUCAAUCUAUUCAGCUCUGGUGUACGUGAUUCUCUUCACGGGCAUCUGCAAUGGAUUUUAUCUUCCGGGAAGUUACAUGCAUACAUAUUCAACAGGGGAAAAAAUAUUUGCCAAAGUGAAUUCAUUGACAUCAAUUGAAACUGAACUUCCUUUCAGCUAUUAUAGCCUCCCUUACUGCAAACCUCCUGGGGGAAUAAAGAAAAGUGCGGAAAAUCUAGGAGAGCUCCUUAUGGGAGAUCAGAUCGACAAUUCCCCUUACCGUUUCCGGAUGAAUAUAAAUGAGUCCAUUUAUCUCUGCACCACAAGUCCAUUAAAUGAACAGGAGGUUAAACUAUUGAAACAGAGAACUCGAGAUCUAUAUCAGGUGAAUAUGAUCCUGGAUAAUUUACCAGCAAUGAGGUUUGCCAUGCAAAAUGGGGUGAAAAUUCAAUGGACAGGCUUUCCUGUUGGUUAUACACCACCUCAGGGCGGGGCAGAUUACAUCAUUAAUCAUUUAAAAUUCCGGGUCUUGGUUCAUGAGUAUGAAGGGAGUGGUGUGGAGAUUAUUGGUACUGGAGAAGAAGGCAUGGGCGUGAUUUCUGAAGCUGAAAAGAAGACAGCAUCUGGUUUUGAGAUUGUUGGAUUUGAAGUUGUUCCUUGCAGUGUUAAACAUGAUCCUACAGCCUAUUCAAAACUCAAGAUGUAUGAUACCAUUUCCACCAUAAAUUGCCCAGGUGAUCUUGAAAAGUCUCAGAUAAUCAGGGAGCAGGAGAGAGUCUCAUUUACUUAUGAGGUUGAAUUUGUCAAGAGUGAUAUUAGAUGGCCUUCUCGAUGGGAUGCUUAUUUGAAGAUGGAAGGUGCUCGUGUUCACUGGUUUUCGAUCCUAAACUCACUGAUGGUUAUUUUCUUCUUAGCUGGUAUUGUUUUUGUUAUAUUCUUAAGGACAGUGAGGAGGGAUUUGACAAGGUAUGAAGAAUUGGACAAGGAAGCCCAAGCACAAAUGAAUGAGGAGCUCUCUGGGUGGAAGCUUGUUGUUGGUGAUGUCUUUAGGGAGCCAAAUUGUUCAAAGCUCCUCUGUGUGAUGGUUGGGGAUGGGGUCCAGAUCACAGGGAUGGCUAUCGUAACAAUUGUUUUUGCAGCUCUUGGAUUCAUGUCACCUGCUUCUCGUGGGAUGCUUUUGACUGGGAUGAUCUUGCUAUAUCUUUUCCUUGGUAUUGCAGCUGGAUAUGUUGCUGUUCGCUUAUGGAGAACUAUUAAAGGAACUUCAGAAGGUUGGAGGUCACUUUCCUGGUCUGCAGCAUGCUUUUUCCCUGGCAUUGUCUUUGUUAUUCUUACUACAUUGAACUUCAUACUUUGGGGCAGUAGGAGUACAGGUGCUAUCCCAAUCUCAUUGUAUUUUGAGCUUUUGGCCCUCUGGUUCUGUAUCUCAGUGCCACUCACCCUCUUGGGAGGUUUCUUGGGAACAAGGGCAGAGACUAUUCAAUACCCUGUGCGAACCAACCAGAUCCCCAGAGAAAUCCCUGCACGAAAAUACCCAUCAUGGCUGCUUGUCCUUGGUGCAGGAACUCUCCCCUUUGGAACCCUUUUCAUUGAACUUUUCUUCAUCCUUUCUAGCAUCUGGCUUGGGAGGUUCUACUAUGUCUUUGGUUUCUUGCUCGUUGUCCUCCUAUUGCUUGUUAUCGUCUGUGCUGAGGUAUCCGUGGUCUUGACAUACAUGCACCUUUGUGUGGAGGAUUGGCGGUGGUGGUGGAAAGCUUUCUUUGCAUCCGGUUCGGUUGCGCUCUACGUGUUCCUCUAUUCUAUUAAUUACCUGGUAUUUGAUCUGCGAAGCUUGAGCGGACCUGUCUCGGCUGUUCUCUACCUGGGUUAUUCAUCUCUCAUGGCAAUCGCUAUCAUGUUGUCUACUGGCACCAUUGGCUUUCUUAUGUCAUUCUACUUCGUCCAUUACCUUUUCUCAUCCGUCAAGAUUGACUAGAGGUACUGAACUUGGUCAGCUUUUUGAUUGUCUUUAGAAGCCAGUUGAAUACACCAAGCUUGUAGAAGAGGAAAUCACUGGCUUAAACUUUUCUUCAUCUGUAACCUUUUGUUAAUUUUUCUUUUAUGUUUAGCCAUCUGGCAACGCUAUUUGUAGUUUUAAAAAGCGCUGAGCUGAUUGGUCAUGGUGAAUCUGGUAGCUAGCUUAGUAUGGGGGCAGCAUUUCCAAAUUAAUCAAGGUUUAAAGUUGAUUUUAGUGAAGAUUUACGUUUGCUUGUUGGCAUAUUUAGUGCUCUACAGACUCCUGAUUUACCUUGUAAACAAUUUAUCGGGGCAAUCGUACCACCUCUUCCACA